AUGGUCGCUAUAUGUUCUUGGCUGUACGUCUCAAUGCUGAUGGCGGGGUACGCGGUUUGGUGCCACGAUCCACAUCCAAGAGUGUGGCAGGUCUUCCCUCCGGCAGACAUGACAUUUGUGCAGUUUGCAUCGGUGCUGCCUGUCUUCAUUUUCAGCUUCACCUGCCACCAGAAUUUAUUUCCCGUCGCCUCGGAACUCAAAGAUCGGUCCCUUGAGCGGCUGGACAAAGUCCUUGUUUGUGCCGUGAACACCGGCCUGGUCAUCUUUGCCACUGCUGGCCUCAGCGGCUACCUGACGUUUGGUCAGGAAGUUCAUGCAAAUUUCCUCGAGAAUUUGCCGGCCAAUGGAUUUACAUUGCUGGGGAAAUGCUUGGUCCUUCUAGCGGUGAUUUUCACAUACCCGCUACAGCUGCACCCGUGCCGACGAUCCCUCAUGAUUCUCGUGCAAUCACUCCAAGGCAGAGUUUUGAGCCGGAGUGCUGAUCGAAUCUGUCGGCGCGUGUUCACUGUGCUCAUUUUGGUUGGCACCGGACUGCUGGCAGUUGCCGUUCACGACUUGGGUAUAACCCUGGCUUUCGUGGGCGCUGUUGGCAGCAACACUGUUGUGCUUAUCAUGCCGGGCUUCCUGUACAUGCGAGGGGCCCACUACAGCACCGUCCCAAAGCCUUGGUCCAUGUGGCUCCUGGCGCUUCUCUUGUUUCUUCUUGGCUGCGUCAUUUUGCCAACUUGCUUGGGUGCGCUGGUGUUCAAGCUGCUUGCACGGGCGACGUGA